AUUUUGGGCUGAUUGAAGAAAGCCUAGACCAGGUUGAGACGGAGUCUGGUCCUUGCCACACGGAUCUCCGUUCAUUUCCCUUGUCUGUCCUGGUCUAGGGUUGCAUCUUGGUGUUUCCUGUUCUGUCCUCAGUCUCGGUUUGAGCCCUGACUUGGACAAGAUACUGCUGCAUCUGUAAGAGAUGUCACUGCCACAUCAAAGCUUCAAACCUGAGACUAAGAAAUUUCAGUCUACAAAAAUUGUACUCAGUGAUCACGGCCAAUUCAAGAUGGGAAAGAAUUGCCAAGUGAAAAUGUCUCCAUCCUCACCUCAGGGGACAUUCAAAAAGAGAUCAGCUUUUGAAGAUCUCACAAAUGCUUUUCAAAGUCAACCUGCUCAAUCUAAGAAGGAAGCCAAUAAAGAGUUUGUAAAAGAUGUUCCCAAGAUGAUUAAUAGAAGCCAACAUCUUGAGUUGGCCAGAUAUACUGAAAUGAACAAUAAAAGAUACAAGUUGGAACUCUCACCAGUAGUAGCCUCUACUCCCUCGGUGCCAAAUAUUUUAGAGAAACCACUCCUUCUGGAUGUAUCUACCAACUCCCAAACACCCACUGUUGGGGAGGUAUCUUUUGUCAAAAGAUCAUUACUUUUAGAAGAGGAAACUAGCAUGAAAGAGACAACAUUCAUAACGCAGUCAUUAAAGAAGUGCACAAACCCUGGGGAAUCUUCCCUUUUGGAAAAGUCACUGUCCUUACUGGAGGAGACUGACGAUAAUGAAUUUGUUAUAGAGCCAGUAACUUUUGGGAAGAAGCAUAUACCCAAGGAGGCAGCUAUCACCAAGAAGAAAUCAUCCUUAAAGAAAAUGUGUACAUAUCAGGGGAAGCAGUCUUGCUUGGAAGAGUUGGUGACCCUGCAGGGCAGCUGUGUGGAAGAGGGUUCUUUCUCUAUGGAGCUGAUGAAUUUAAGAAAGAAGCCUAAAACCGAGGAGUCAUCCACCACUAAGAUGCCAUUACACUUAAGUGGUAAGCAUACUACUAUGGAGAAGAUCUCCAACAUGAUAAAGCCAGCACUAUUGCAGAAGAACACCUCUGAAGAAGAGUUAGUCACUAAAGAGCCAUCAACCAUUAUGAGAGAGCCUACUGCUAACAAGCAGUCCUUUUCCUGGGAGCCAUCUGCAGUGAAAGAGAAACACACUACUCAGCAAGAGAUCCCCAUCUUGAAGAAAUCAUUGCCCUUGCAGGAGAAGACUGACUUUGAAGAGGAUUCUCUUUUUAAGGACUUACCAACUUUUACCCCUGAGGAGGCAACAUUCCCCACAAGCCCAGUGUUUGGAAAGGAGAAAUGCAUGAUUCAAGGGAAGCUAUGCACUACUCAUGGAAAGAAGUGCAUUACUUAUGGAAUGACAUCUCAUUUAAAAAAGCCAUUAGAAGUGAAGGAGGUCAUCUCUGGGGAGAAGUCACUCAAUACAAAGCCAUUGUCCUUUAAAAGAAAUACUAUCACUGAAUUCUACCAAGAGCCAUCUGCAUUACAAGAGAAGCAUACUACUCAAGCAGAUGUAGAGCUCUUGAAGAAGCCUUUGGGUUUACAGGAAAAUAUGAACAAUGAAGCUAGCUUUGUUAUGGAGGCAGUCUCCUUUAAGAAACAUUGUAUUACCAUAGAGGCUAGCCACUCCAAGAAGCUAUUACCUUUAAAAAAGAAGCAGAAAAUUCAGAAGAAAUUUUGCCACUAUAAGCCGCUAACACUUCAGAAAGUCACUCGUGGAGAGAAUUCACCCACUGAGGAGCCAUUGUCCUUUGAGAAAUCUAUCAGUGAAAAAGAUUUCUUUUCUCAGGAGUUGUUUUCAUCGCAAGAGGAGGAUAGGACACAAAAGGAAGUGUCCACUUUGAAGAAGCCUGUGACCCUGCAAAAAUCGCCCACUAAGAUGGAGUCUUUGGAUUUUCAAAAGCAGUAUAGCAUUAAGAAUGUAACCCCCAGUAAGAAACAUUUACCUUUAAAGAAUAAACAGCAUACUACUCAACAGACAGUGUCUCAUUUGAAGGAGCCAUUAGUAUUGCAGACAGUCACCUCUGAAGAGAAGUCAACCAUUGAGGAUCCAUUGUCCUUUAAAGAAAAUAUAUUUUUAAAGAAGAUAAAGUGUACAACUCAAGCAAUGUGUCGCUGGAUAGAUCUUUCAGACUGGCAGGAUAUAAUUGCUAAAGAUAGGAAUUCCGUUUUAGUGAAGCCAGUAUCAUCUACAAAAAAAUGUACAGCUAAAAAGGCAGUCUUCACCAAUGCACCAUCAUCUAUGAAGAAGAAGCAAACAACUCAGGGGAAGACUACUUUGGAAGACGAAUCACUCUGUAAGAAGCUGCUACCUUUUAAAAAGAAGCCAACAACUAAAGAGGAAUUCCUGUUUCGGGAACAAUCUGCAUUAAAAGAGAAGCACACUACUUUUCAGGAGGUGACACUUUCAAGAAAGCCAAUAGCCUUGCAGGAGAAGACCAACACUGAGGAAGAAUCUUGUAGUGAGGAACCAGUGACUUUGAAGGAGAAGCCUAUCACUGAGGAGAAGUUCCUCUCUCAGGAGCUAUUUUCUUUGCAUGUUAAUCCUACUAACAAAGAUGAGUCCCUUUUCCAAAAGGCUGUGGUCUUGCAAGAGGAAACGGGUAUUAAAAAGUUGUCUUUGAAGAAGCCGUUGGCUUUUCAUGAAAAGAGCACCAUGGCAGAAGAGUCCCUUUGCAAUAAGCUCUCAGUUUUGAAGAAAGAGCCAUCUGCUAAGGAAGCAACAAGUACAGAGAGGCAGUUACCUAUAAAUAACAAGCCCACUGCUCAGGGGCAGGCACAUCUUUUAAAGGAGCAAUUGUCUUUGCAUGAGAACAUCACUGAUAAUGAAGGGUUCCUUAUUAAGGAAGCAUUGGCAUUGCAGGAAUAUGUGGGCAAUGAAAAAGCCCUCUUCAGGGAGACCUUGACCAUGCAGGAGAAACUCAGCACUCAGAAGGAGGCUGUUCUUGAGCAUACCACUGACAUAGAGGUGAAUUUCAACCAACUUUCAGCCAUGCAAGAAAAGCCCAGCCCUGAGAAAGAGCCCAUCUUCCAGGAACCCUUGGAUUUGCAGGAGAAACCUACAAUUGAGGAGGGAACCAUCUUCACAGAGCCUUUGGCCUUACAGGAGAAAGCUGGCCUUGAGUCGGAGGCUAUGCUGAAAGAGCCGUUGGCCUUGCAGGAGAAGCCCAGCCCUGAGAUGGAGUCUGCUCUAAAGGAGCCUUUGUCCUUGCAGGAGAAGCCUAGCACUGAGAAGGAAGCUUUCCUCAAAGAGCCAUUAACCUUUCAGUUGAAGUCUAACAUUGAGGAUGAAGUACCCUCCAAGGAGCCAUUAGCCUUGCUGGAGAAAUCUACCAUAAAUGCAGCAUUCCCUUUCAAGGAGACAUUAGCCUUGAAUGAGAAAUCCACCACUGAGAAUGAAUUGUCCUUUCAAGAGCCAUUAUUUUUAGAAGAGAAUCCUACUGAGAAGGAAGAUACUUUGCCAGAAACACUCUUGUUCCUUGGGACUAGCCCACAUAUGCCUAGCGAUACUGUUGAAUCCAGAACAGGCGAGUUCAGUGCUGCCAAUAUGUCCAGUGUGGGAGAGUCCAUUGCAAGUGAAUCUGGUUCCAAAAUGCCUUCUUUAUCUCAAAGCAGAACACAUAUGGAGCAGAUGACCACACUGGAAGACACUGACAAGGACCACUGUGAUUCGUCUUUCAGCUCAGUAUAUGCCAACGAAAUCUUUAGUUACUUAAAAGACAGAGAGGAAAAGUUCAUACUUGAAAAAUACAUGAAAAGGCAGACUGAGAUCACCAGUGACAUGAGGGCCAUUCUUGUGGAUUGGUUGGUGGAAGUACAGAUGAGCUUUGAUAUGAGUCACGAGACCCUCUACUUGGCAGUGAAACUGGUGGAUCACUACCUAAUGAAAGCACUGUGCACGAAAGACAAGCUACAACUCCUUGGUUCUACUGCCUUUCUGAUUGCAGCAAAAUUUGAGGAGCUCAUUUCACCCUGUGUGGAUGACUUUCUAUAUAUCUGUGAGGAUAUGUAUCAGCGACAUGAGAUGCUUGCCAUGGAAAUGAGGAUCCUACAAACUCUCAAAUUUGACAUCAACAUUCCAGUUGCCUAUCGUUUUCUGCGCAGAUAUGCUGUGUGCCUCAAUACCAGCAUGAAGACAUUGACCUUGGCUCGAUUUAUCUGUGAGAUGACCCUGCAGAAAUAUGACUAUGUCCAUGUUAGGGCUUCUAAGCUAGCUGCUGCCUCCUUUCUCUUGGCCCUCUACAUGAAGAAGCUCAAAAAUUAUGCUCCUCUCUUGGAGUAUUAUAGUGGCUACAUGACUUUUGAGCUUCACCCUCUGGUUAGACAGCUGAACAUCUUGCUGACUUUCAAUUGUUGUGACAGGCUCAAGACUGUGUAUACCAAGUAUUCUCAAAAGAUAUUCUUUGAAGUCACAAAAAUUCCCCCCUUGGACAUGAUGAUACUGGAUGAGAUUUUGACCUGAUAAUUAUGAGGCUGAGGAUGUGGCACUUGGACAGCAGUAUUAGGACCAGUCAGGCAUACCAAUAGUCUAUAUUUAUUCUGUGCUUAAAGUUGUCUUUUAGUCACUUUCUUCAUUUUUCCCUGUCUGUGUUUUUCCAAAGUUACAAUGUUGUAUAUAUUUAAGUAUUUAAGUUGUUUUAUAAAAGAAAAGUUACUUUAUUAUAUUUGACUAACAAUAAAAAAUUAAUAGUUGUUGUUA